AUGGCACGUCUCAGUGGACUUCAAAGAGGAGAUGAAAUUUCACCUGUGCUUUUGAAAGCAAUUGAAUCAUCCAAGAUUGCAGUAGUCAUUUUUUCAAAAGACUAUGUGUCUUUUACCCUUCAAGCCAAAUUCGAUGUUUUCCUUAGUUUCAAAGGUGAGGAUACUCGUGAUAACUUUACUAGUCAUCUCUAUGCUGCGAUUGGAACCUUUAUUGAUGACAGUGGACUUCAAAGAGGAGAUGAAAUUUCACCUGUGCUUUUGAAAGCAAUUGAAUCAUCCAAGAUUUCAAUAGUCAUUUUUUCAAAAGACUAUGUGUCAUCCCGAUGGUGCUUGGAUGAACUGGUACAAAUUCUUGAAUGUAAGAAAUUGAAUAACCAAAUGGUUAUACCGGUUUUCUUCCAUGUAAAUCCGUCGGACAUUCGGAAGCAAACGGGAACUUUCGGGGAGGCGUUUGUGAAGCAUGAAGAACGGUUCAAAAUGAUGGGAAACAAGGUUCUGAAAUGGAGGAAUGCUUUGACAGAAGCGGCCAAUUUAUCUGGAUGGGAUUCCUCUGUAACCAAGCCUGAGGCAACACUUGUAGACGAAAUUGUUAAAGAUAUUUUAAAGAAAUUGAAAAAUAUAUCUAUCUCUAGUGAUUCUGAAGGCUUGGGACGAGACGUCACCGCAUUGUAUAACUUGAAAAUGGUUUGUGAUCCCAAAAUUCAUGAUGUGUUAAAAGUUAGUUAUGAUAGACUUAACAGAGAUGAGAAAGAGAUAUUUCUUAAUAUAGCAUGUUUCUUUAAAGGAGAGGAUGAAGAUAAUGUAGCUCAAAUAAUGCUAGAUCGUUAUCAAUCUCUUAAUUUUGGAUUGGAUAACCUCGUUAAGAAAUCUCUCAUCACAAUAUCAAAUAACAAGUUGCAAAUGCAUGAUUUAUUGCAAGAAAUGGGUUGGGAAAUUGUUUUCCAAGAAUCUACCAAGGAGCUUGCGAAACGUAGUAGGUUGUGGUAUCACGGGGAUGUCUACAACACAUUGAAAAAUAAUAAGGUAAAGAGCCUAAUGAAUUUCAUUUUAUUUCUUAUAUUAAAUGGCGCUGAUUCAAUUGAAGGCAUAUUCUUAGAUAUGUCAAAAAUAAGAGACCUAUGGUUAAGUUCUGGAGCCUUUGCAAAUAUGUCUAAUCUUAGACUGCUGAAGUUUUAUACUCCUAAACUUUACAAAGUGUUUGUGAAAAUGUCUAAAGUACAUCUCCAGUUUGAGGAUUUUUCUAAAGUGCAUCUUCCUCAGGGUCUGAAAUAUCUUCCUAAUGAGUUGAGGUAUUUCCAUUGGGAGGGAUUCCCUUUCAAAACAUUGCCGUCAAAAUUUGAUAUAGAGAACCUUGUUGAACUUAAAUUGCCUUAUAGCAAGGUGGAACAACUUUGGAAAGGAACUAAGCAUGCUUCAAAGUUGAAAUUGAUUGAUCUUCAUGAGUCCAGAUACUUGACUAGGAUCCCAGACCUCUCAGAUGCCCCAGUGCAUGAGGUUAUGAACCUCAGAUAUUGCAAAAGUCUUAGAAUCUUUCCAAAGAUUUCAGGUAGUAUAAAACAAUUAGAUUUAUCUGGGACCAGAAUAGAAGAAAUUCCUACAAGCAUUUGUGAAAUGAAAUCUCUAGGUAGGCUUAAACUUUGGAAUUGCUCAAAGCUUAAGAGUUUCCCAGAAAUCUUAGAGAAAAUAAAAAAUUUACAAUAUCUUUCUGUAGCUAGAGCAACUAAAGUGAAAGAGCUGCCAUCUUCUAUUGAACAUUUAAAUGGGCAUCAUGAGUUGACAUUGGUGGAUCUCAAAAAUCUUGAGACCAUUCUAAGUAGUAUUUGCAGCUUGACAUCUCUAUGCUCUAUGUAUCUUUCUGGUUGCUCAAAAGUCGAUAGAUUGCCAGAUAACCAUGCAAGAAGAACUGCUAUUAGUGAAUUACCAUCCUCUAUUGCUUGUUGUAAAGAACUUCAAGUUCUAGAUUGUUCUCAAUGUAGAAGUUUGGUAUUGCCCUCGUUUUCAGUUUUAGGUUCCUUAACACAGUUGAAUCUGUCUUAUUGCUAUCUAACUGAAAUCCCUGAAGAUCUUUGUUGUAUGUCCUCUCUGGAAAUAUUAAAUCUACAAGUGAACAAUUUUGAGAGCUUACCUAGAAGCAUCAAACGACUUUCUCAGCUAAAGCGUCUUUGGAUAAGCAAUUGCAAAAUGAUUAAAUCAUUGCCAGAGCUUCCGGUACGUCUACUACAUUUAGAUGCAAGGAAUUGCAAGAAGCUCCAAUCAUUACUAGAGCUUCCAUCACACCUAGAAGAAUUAAAUGCAGACGAACUGGAAAUAGUAUAUGAGUGUUCUUGCCAAUUUGCAUAUGCCAGAAUCGAGUUCAUAUUUACAAACUGCAUGCAACUGAAUCAAAAAGCAUGCAACAACGUUUUGGUGGAUUCACAACAACGAAUUCAACAUAUGGCAACUAAAUUGUUAAGACUUUGUCAUGAAAAGGUAUUUGAAAAAACACCUUCAACUAGUUUAUGUCUACCAGGGAGUAAAAUUCCUGAUUGGUUUAGCUAUCAAAGUUCAGGAUCUUCGAUAACUAUUGUGCCACCUCAGCAUUUGUGCAACAGAAAGUUCAUUGGAUUUGCUCUAUGUGCCAUUAUUGCAUUUGAGGGGAGUUAUUGUGGUCGUGGUCUUUAUGUUGGUUGUUCUUACCAAUUUCAAAGCAGUGAUAAUUCUGGAUUGAAAAAACUAAAUGCUGAUAUGCAACGUUUAUUUCAUUUUUCUAGUGGCGAACGUUAUUGUCUAUCUCCUGUUUUCGUUUUUGUUAUUUCAUAG